CGCCAGAAUUGUGCGAGCCAUUGACAUUGGAACGUUCAUCAUUAUCAUCAUCAGAAAUUUCGGGCACUGUAAAAGGAUUCAAUGUAAAUCAGAUUGCUUUUUUCUACGAUGCGGUAACACUGAAAGGCUGAUCAGAAAUUCACAAAAUAUGUGUUUUCCCCGAAAAGACUUAUUCGCAGUGAAACAGCAGUGGGAGAAGGUUGUGUUCAUUCUCAGUUAAAGUGUACAAAGCUUGCAUAGGAAAAGGAUUUAAGGAUGAGUGAAGCAGAGGCUAACAAUAAUAGCGUUGCGCAAAGCCAAGCGCGCACCAUACUUGAUGUCCAGCAAUCGUUUGCCGAAUCGCUGGCCUUUAGUGAAGAUAUAAUCUGGGAUCUUUUGUCUGAAGAGCAAGCUCAUGUUUUGCGUUCAAAAAUUGCAAAUCUUUUACGCUGUGAAGCGGACACAGCUUUGGUGGUUCAAGGCGAUGUUGCGAAGCAAAAAGAAUUGGAAAAACAAAAGCGAUCUUUUGAAAAUAUGCGAGAGAUAUUGUUUAAUAGUGUGUGGGAGCAGAGAAAAUAUACCAAUCGUCAAUCCUUGACGUCCAUAUUCUAUGUGCUGGUGGCCACAGAUGAAGAAGAUCACAAUAUAGCACAGAACUCUAGAAAAUGGUCCUGCCACCCAGUGUUUCGUGCACGUCGCUGCGUUUCUGGCAACGAUCGCUUAAACAGCAGCAGCUCCGAUUGCUGCAUGAUUUUUGUAGAUGAAGUUGGCCGUGUCUAUCAGAAUUGGAAGGCCUAUGUGGAAAACAAUGAGCUUCCAGCAGGCAUUAUGGUGGCUCCCCGUCGUGGGGUCUACACUUUGGUUCAGCAAAAGGUGAUGCUGGAGAAUUGGCAGACACCGGCGGGCAGCACGCUGCAUAAGGCGCUUGGCCAUGCGGACAAGGGAGCUGCCUUUGCCGGUUUUGGGGCUGCGCUUGUACCGCUUGCUGCUUUGAUAGCACCUGUAGCGGCUCCACUUAUGGCUGGUGCUGCUGUUGUUGGCCUAGCUAGUGCUGGAUAUGCAACACUGCGUUCUGGCUCCCAGCUGAUAGAUCGUAGCAGGCAUGAGCAGUCAAUAAAUGUUACCGAUCGUGCAGCGCGUGGUCAGUGGAUCGGCGUAGUUGCUGGUGGAGUAGGAUUAGGCGCAGCUGGAGCGACUAGUGUCAUGACUGCUGCCACCAGUGCAGGUCGUGAAGUGAGUGCGAUAACGCAAAUGGCCGUUAAUGGCAUGAAUAUAUCCUCCAUUAUGAUAUCGGGCACUGGUUUGGCUAAUGGAAUUAUUGAUUUAGUGCUGAAAACUCAAGAUGGGGACGAUAUCUCUGCCAUGGACGUACUGCAGUUGUCCGCCUCGCUGGUCUUGUUUACCCACAGUGUCUACAACUUUAAGCUGGCAUCAACUAUUAUCAAUGAGACAGCCAACAGUAGAAUAGCAGGCUAUCGCGAAACUUUAAGCAAUCGACAAAGGAAAAUGUUCGACAAGAUAAGCAAAGAAACUAUACGCACCAAGGGCGCGACGCAGGGGAGAAUGGAUAUAAUACGCAAUGUGAACGAAAUGCCAUCGCGGCAAGAGUUUAAUGAUUUGUACAAGAUCAACAAAGAUCUGAACAAAAAGGGAGUACGUCCAAGUUUUGCCUCCAAUGGCAAAGGUAUUGUGCUAAAUGAUCAGGUGCAGACCAGCGGAGCUGAGUUGCGUGCCAGUGUGCAGCAUGGUGUUGGCGCCGAUGUGCUUGGCCAGGUAUCGCAACCCAUACCGAAUAGUCAUCACAGUCAUGGUGCAGGCAGCGUCAAGGCAGCAGCUGCCUCCUUCAUGGGACCCUCACGUUUGUUGGGCCCAGGACCCAAUUUGCUGGAGUCAACGCCGGAUAACAAAAAGUAUGCCUUGGGCGUCCUUGUCUUGCGUAUCAGCUCCGUCGUCAUUAAUGGUGUGGUAGUGGCGCUGAAGAACUAUGGAGAGUCGAUCUUCGAGCAUAUUAUUAAUGCUGAGAGUUUUGAAACUGUGCUGCUCUCUCUAGCGGAUAAUUUAAGUCCAGAAAUUAUGAAGUAUAUACUGUUUAUAACGGAAACCUUUAUGGACGCCAUGUGGGAGGAGCUUAAUACGGUGCUCAAAUUUUAUAUAUCCUCCGAGUCGGUUAUGUAUCGAAUUGGCAAAACAAUUUUGGAUAAAUAUAGAAACUAUACAGCGGAGCAACUUUACUUAGUCUACGACCAUAUCUUCAACACAGUGAAGGAUUACUUCUUGUCCCUUAAUCCAAACUCGUUUGGAAAUCUGCUCACAAAAUGCACGGUAUGUGAAGGUUUCUAUAAAAUAUGUAGCUUGUGAACAAAUAUGUGAUUUUUAACACAAAUAUGAUCAAAAUGGGUUUAAAAAGAUACGGAAGUCACAAAAAAUAAUACGCAAAACAUAUAUAU